AUGCAUUUAUUUCCGAAAACCAAUAUUAGCAGUAACAAGCAUCAGAAUGAUGUAAUUUUAAUCGCAUGCGCUGAUGGCAAAUUUCACAUUGUUAACAAUAAUGGCCGUAUAGAAAAAACUGUAAAUGCUCAUCAAGGUGCUUGUUUAGCUACACAAUGGAGUCCUGAUGGAGCUGGACUUCUUACGGCUGGGGAAGAUGGUUUUAUAAAAAUUUGGUCUAGAAAUGGCUUACUGCGGUCUACUGUUAUACAAUCUGACGUACCUUGUUAUGGUGCUAUAUGGAGUCCUGAUAGUAACGCAAUUUUAUAUACAAAAAGCAACACACUUAUUAUUAAAAGUUUAAAUUCAAACUCAAAGAUAAAUAAGUGGAAGGCACACGAGGGUAUUAUAUUAUGUGUAGCAUGGAACGCCAAUAAUAAUUUAAUACUUUCUGGUUCUGAAGACGGUUAUUCCAAGAUUUGGGAUUCAUUUGGUCAGCAAAUAUCGGUUAGUGUGAAACACGAUCAGCCUAUAACUAGCGUUAGCUGGUCACCAGCUGGAGAUAUGUACAUAAUCGGCAGUUAUAACUUAAUACGAUUAUGUAACGCUAAUGGCUGGUCCCAUUGUCUCGACCGACCAUCAACAGGCAGUAUCUACAGUAUUGCGUGGUCUUCCGAUGGCACACAAUUAGCCGCUGCAUGCGCUAAUGGCCAUGUCCUGUUUGCACAUAUAAUUGACAGAGAGUACACGUGGAAGAACUAUGUAUGCACCCAAACUGGACGUAAAGUGGUAUCCAUUAAAGAUUUGUUGACAGAUCAAAACGAUCAGCUAGACUAUCCGGAUAGGGUGAUUCAAAUAGCAUUAGGUUUCAAUCACCUGGUCAUAGCUACGGUUAAACAAUGUUUCAUACAUAAAUUGACUUCUUGGAACACACCUGUGACUUUUGAUUUGAAAGAAGGAACUAUAAGCAUGAUUCUUCUAGCGGAAAGAUGCAUAUGCGUAAUAGAAAGAGCUGGUAUCUCCGUAUACAGUUAUAUGGGACGUUUACUUGCGACACCUCGAUGUGGAUCACGACCCGAAACACUUGGACGUGCUGCAGUUUCUCUUGGACCCGACUCGUUUGCUAUGGUUGAUCAGGCUGACAGAAAGAUAAUUUACGUAUAUGAUUUGCCUACUGGAUUGAUUGUACGAAGUUCAACUGACAACACAGUGACCAAGCUGUUGCAUAAAAUGACUGUAUCAAACAUAGCAUUAAGUCAAACUGGACCGAUUAAUGAAAGGCAAAUAGCAUUGCUAGAUUAUAAUAAGGAUCUGUACGUUAUUACUGUCAAAGACCCUAAACCGAAGUUUGUAAAAUUAGGUUCUCAAGUGCUAAGUAUAACUUGGAGCGCGGAUACAGAGUUGUUAGUGGGUUUACGAGCGAGUUCUGUAGUCGCGUGGUGCUGCGCGCGUGCCGCCACGCAACCUGAUUGGCUAGCAUUGACUACUAUCAGUAAAGAUAUUAGUGAUUUAGGCAGAAAUCCCAGUAUAGUAAGUAUCGUGGACGGUAUAGUCUGCAUAUGCCGAGGAAAUGGCUCCCUAUUACAUUUAUCACUUGCACCAUUCCCCGAGAAGCUAUUGAAACAUGUUGCUAGUAAUAUGUGGCAAGAAGCCUUACAGUUAUGCCGUACGGUCGAGGAUGAGACAUUAUGGGCAUGUCUUGCAGUAUUGGCGUGGCAAUAUAAUCAGCUAGCGGUAGCUGAAGAGGCAUUUGCUUUGAUACAUCAGUAUUACCAAGUCUGUUAUAUACAACAUUUAAGGGUAUGUACAAGUGAUGAAUCAUUUUCACCAGUAUUUAAA